AUGUAUUCGGUUCUAUAGGCUAACCUCCUUCCUUGCUUCUGCUCUCAUUUUUUUUAUCUUGGCUUGGAAGUUGGAACUUGUGGACUGGAAUAGCAUUGUUUGGUUUGGUCAGAACUCUUAGUCAUUAAUCGAGUUAAGCUGAAAUCAAGUCAAAUUGAUUUGCUAUUUUGUUGAAUUAGUACAACCAUGGUGAAGAAUGAUGACUCAAAGGAGCCAGAACAUGUGCGCAAACUGUUCAUUGGAGGUUUGGACUACAAGACAACUGAUGAUUCAUUGAAGAAACAUUUUGAACAAUGGGGUGAGAUCGUUGAUGUUGUAGUCAUGAAGGACUCAAAUACCAAAAAGUCAAGAGGUUUCGGAUUCGUUACUUACUCUGAGGCUAGCUGCAUCGAUGCUGCACAAAGUGCGAGGCCUCACACCGUCGAUGGUAGAGUUGUUGAACCGAAAAGGGCAGUCCCUAAAACCGAAGCUGGAAGGCCGGAGAGUGCAGCUACAGUAAAAAAACUUUUCAUUGGAGGCUUGAAAGAUGAACAUGACGAACAAGAAAUAAAAGACUAUUUCAAAAAUUUUGGCAACGUUGUAAACUGCACGGUCAUUUGUGAUAAGGAGAGUGGCAAGAAGAAGGGAUUUGGAUUUGUCGAAUUCGAUGACUAUGACCCAGUUGAUAAAAUCUGCUUGCAAAGCUGUCACACAGUGAAAGGCAAACGCAUCGAUGUGAAAAAGGCGUUAAGCAGGGAAGAGUUGGCGAAGAUAGGAGGAGGUGGUGGGGAUAGGGGUGGCCGACGAGGAGGAAGAGGUGGGGGAGGUCGAGGAGGAGGACGUGGGGGUGGAUAUGGAGGCGGAGGUCGUGGAUACGGAGGCGGAGGUCGCGGAGGAAGCGACUGGAAUAACACAACUGUGGUGGCCGGCGGUAAAACGUGGGAAUCUGAGCCAAUGGGAGGCGGUUCAUAUGGAGGCAGAAACAGCGGGGGCGGCUAUGAUGGAGGGAGUGGAGGUGGCUACCAACAGAGCUACAGUGGUGGACCCAUGCGCAGUAACUAUUCUUCAGGCGGUGCCGGUGGAAGGCCUUCGCCCUAUAGUGGCAAUGCUGGUGGUGGUGGUGGUGGUUAUGGAGGCGGAGGAGGUUAUGGCGGAGGCAGCGGAGUUGGUUAUGGAGGCACUGGCAGUGGGGGUGGUUAUGGCGGAAGCCGAAAGUAUUGAACAACUGAGUCGCUGCUAAUUCCUAUGAUGUGUUGAAGAUCUGUGAUGCAAGGAUAGAAAGAACCGAGUGAGAGGAGUGUAGCCCAGGAAAGUGAAAAUCUUUUUUGAAAGUGAAAAGGCAGUUGGACUUUAAAUAUCAGGCAGGAUAUUUAGGCAGGAGUCUCCUCUCCAACUUCCCCAGUAUAUCCGCAGUAUGGUCUCUCAUCACUACUAGGAAUUCAGCACUUGACCAACGUAUUGUUUAAGAUCUGAUUAAUAUUAUAAACAAUCUAUGUACAUGUUAAUUUUGUAGUGUGUUCUUUUAAGUCAUUUUGUGAACUAUGUCAUAGAAAACUUUAUUUCCAUUGAGUAUAUGUUUUGAAAUGAGGAAUUGUUGUACAAAUAUUGAUUGUGAGCAAAUUUAGGAUUAAGACUGUAUUUUUUAUAUAAUGGAUUAUAUUACAUUUUUGUUAAGAUGGUAGCUGUUGUCAGUUUCUUUAGUUGUAGGACUUCUCCAAUCUGAUUUUCAUUUCAUGCAAAAAGGAAUUGUAAUUUAAGAACUCUUUACAAAUUAACUUUUUAUAAAUUAAUGUAUAGAGUGAAAUAAACUUUCCUUGUCACAAUAGUGUAA